AUGUUCGGAGGCAUAGUGGUACAGGCCCUGCACAUUUCAUGUGGUGGAUGGCGUCGUCCUCAUUCUUACUAUCUUGGUGAUGUACCUGAGAUCAAGAACUGCUUUGCAUUUGUCAAGGAUGACAUCAUUUACGUUCAUAGACAUUGGGUACCAGAAAUUGAGAGGACAAUAUAUCCUCAGAAUCUGCAUUUGCAAUUCCAUGGAAGAGAAAUGCAUUCCUUAUGUUUUAUAUCUGAAUGUUCACGAUUUAGUUCAAACGAAAAGCAGUGUCCCUUUUCUAGAUCUGGUUGGAUUGCAACUGGGUGUGAAGAUGGAACUGUGAGGUUGACUAGGUAUGGUCCAGGUGUUGAAAAGUGGUCUGCUUCAAAACUUCUUGGGGAACAUGUUGGCGGAUCAGCUGUGAGAUCAAUAUGCACUGUGUCAAAGAUACAUGUGAUUGCGCCAGAUUUGGAAAGCAUGCCUAAUGGGACAUAUAGACGAAGUAUGACCUCAGAAGACCAAGAGAAUCCUUUCUUGCUUAUUUCAGUUGGUGCAAAGAGGGUCAUAACUGCUUGGAAACGAAAAUUUGAUAUGACAAGUAAGAAGAAGGAAGACCUGUUUGCCGGGCCAGAUACUGGGACUGAAAAAGGCGUUCAUUUUUCAGAAGAGUUCUCAUUGAUGUCUUUCCAGUGGAUUUCCACCAAUAUGCCUACCAGAAACUGUAGCAUUCGAGGAAAAGGACAGAACAUUGAAAAAGAAGUUGAAACAGCUGAAAAUAUAUGCAGUAAAAAUGCUGAUGCAACUUCUGAAUCCCAUUUUUCAGAAGACAGGGAGAUGGAUUCAAAACCUUGCCUUGUAGAUAAAUAUGAAGAUGACUGGAGACACCUGGCCGUUACUGCUUUUCUUGUUAAAGUGUUUGGUUCACGGAUUUCUGUUUGCUUUGUCGUUGUUGCUUGUUCCGAUGCCACGGUAGCAUUACGGGCUCUCAUAUUACCUUAUCGACUCUGGUUUGAUGUUGCUUUGUUGGUUCCCCUGUCAUCACCAGUUCUGGCAUUGCAGCAUGUCGUAAUCCCUAAGCAUCUGGAAAAACCAUCAAAAAACAACGAUUGUUCGUCAUUUGAGGAUCAGAUUCAGAAUGGAAGUCUGUAUCUUUUAAUUAGCGGAUGUACUGAUGGAAGUAUUGUCUUUUGGGAUUUGACGGACAAUGUUGAAAAUUUUAUGCAUCAAGUGUUGGCUCUCCAAAUGGAAAACUACAUUGAUUGUCAGAAAAGGCCACGAACAGGGAGAGGUAGCCAAGGUGGGAGAUGGUGGCGAUCAUUGGGCAGCCAUGUUUUGAAGAAAAAACCAGGUGAAGUUCUAGUCCCACUGAAAGCCACAUUGGAAGCUGAUGACAAUAUGCACAUUCAUGGUUCUUCAUCAAACUUAUCUCGUUCUCAAAAAAGUGCACCGCCCUGUUCUCAAGCUAGACCUCCUACUUCCCUUGGAUCAGGAGCAAGCGCGGAUGAUUUGUCCUUGGAAAUAAGUAAAGUCUGGCCAUUGCAUGUUUUGUAUAAUAUUCACCAGUCUGGGGUCAAUUGCCUCCAUGUUUCAGUUAUGAAGGACAGUAGAGUUUCUAAGUCUGGGUUUUUGUACUAUGUUAUGAGUGGGGGUGAUGAUCAAGCACUUCAUUGUCUUAGAUUUGAUUUGGCACUACGGCCAUCAAAUUGGUACUCUCCAAAUUUUACUUCAGAGAUGCAGAGCAUCACUGCAUUAGAAAGUACGAAGAAUUGCAUGAGUCAUUGUCAAAAGCAAAAAUAUGGAAUCAGAUUUUUGUCUCAUGAUAAAGUCAUCUCAGCUCACAGCUCCGCCAUCAAAGGUGUUUGGACGGAUGGGAGUUGGGUGUUCUCUGCUGGUCUUGAUCAGCGUGUCAGAUGUUGGCAUAUUGAACAGCAUGGUAAACUAACUGAGCAUACUCAUUUGGUCAUUAGCGUGCCAGAACCGGAAGCGUUGGAUGCUAGAGCCUGUGGCAGGAACCAUUAUCAAAUUGUAGUAGCUGGAAGAGGGAUGCAAAUAGUUGAGUUCUUUGGACCCGCUGGCAUGGAUGGCGAAGAAUCAGGCAGCAUUUGUUAAUCUGUCCACUAAUCUACCUUUUAACCUUCAGAAAAGUGGCAAUGUAUUAUACCACCUGUGCUAUUUGUGGUGGCUACGAAGAUUGGAUGCUUCUACAAGAGGGUGCUCAGGGUGGGUGCUUGCAUAUACUGAAGAAGAAAUGACCGAUACCACUCGGGUAAAAGAUUGGACUGGACUGCCAGUAGUUUGCUCGCCAUCCGGUCUUACAGCUGCUCUCCCUAUCUUUUAUGUGCAACAUCGUAAACUUAGUGGCACCAGCCUCUUUGUAUACCAUUGUUUUUUUUGUGUUGACAUGAAAACCUCCAAGCCUACAGCUAAAUUUAUUUGUAAUAUUGACUUAAUUUAAUCCAAUUUUUUUUUAAUAUUUGACUAGAUGACUGAGAAUUCUCACGUUGUUCUGACUUAUGUGGUUUUAUUGCCGUACGGUACGAUUUACUGGUUUCACUUCCUGGGGUUGAAAUUGGUGGUGUAUGCCCAGGCAGCGUUUUUGUUCACAUGACAAGAUGGUCAGCAAGGUCUUUAGGGGUCCUUUCCCAGUUACGAUGGCCUGCACGAAGAAACCAAGCAUGGAGAACAUGACAAGCCAUCCAUUCUUUGGAUCAUCGGCAAGUCUUGAUGAAUUGAAGCUGUUACCUGUGUACCUGCAACACCUAAACUUCAAUAGCAUCCAUUAGUAUAACUUGGAUGACCGUGUGGCUAGAAUGCUGUGAGCAUUAAGAAUCAAGCUAGGGUUGCCGAGGUAGUCAAAAGGUCACCCUCGCUGAAGAUUUGAACACCGGCCAUGAACCAGACUGCAUCACCAAACUUGACUCCAUUUGUUGGGACCAGCUCUGGGAAUAUGUCACAGAGCUCCAUGAAAGUGUAGCAUCAUUACAUAGAGCUUAGAAUUCCUUUGUGUUGUUUUUGCCCCGGCAAGGCCCUGGGGGGAGGAGGUGGUGGAGUGGGUUCUGUGGUUUGGGGAUUUAGACCGAUAAGGGUCAUUGUAAAAGCUUUUAAGGUGAAGUAGUCUAUUCUAUUCUACCCUUAUGAAGAUGGGAUGAUUUGGUUCUAGUUUUUGUAUUCUUCAUUUGUCAAUUAUUAUUUGUGAUGGAAGGAGG